AUGUUGUGUUCGUGCUGUUCCUGUGGCAGUAGCAGAGAUACGAAAAUUAGUGACAACAGCAGCCGCAAUCCGUACGGGCAGGACGACGGAAACGUAACAGAGAAACACUACGGUUGCUACAAGGUGGGCAUCCUAUUUGCCAUCGUCAUCAUUCUGCUGCUGUUGAUUGGUUGCGUUCCGGUGUUUUUCCUUACCCACAACAACAAUUUGAUUCUGCUGAUCCUGCUGGUGACGUUGAUUCUGAUCGGUAUCGUUACGUACGCUUACUUCCGGUGGCAGCGUCGGCGCGCGUUACAAAUGCGGCGCAGCUACGAGAUCCAGAAAAUGAAUCUUACGCGUACGACCGUCAAACGGCCGGAAGCAUCUAUGGUAGGACAGAAACAGGCUAACCCAAUGGCGACGAUGGCUAAAACCGACCUAGACAAUGGUAGCCGGAAUACCGCGACGAAUCAACCGCGGUACUCAUUCAUUUGAAUUAUGCCAGCCAAUGCAAUUGGUGUUGUGCAUGAACGGAACCGUACAACAAUACUCGAAAUUUCACCAGUGAGUGUGUUAAAUGCCAGCUAUUCACAAUCACACCAAAUAUGCAGCACAGCAAAUGAAAAGCCUAAUGAACAGCAUCGUGGAAUGUACAGCGCAGCGAAAAAAUAUAUCGAAAGUCAAUUUAAUGUUACCGCCUCCGCAAAGCCACAUUUUAAUUGUGGAAUUUUUCACUCUAUAAUUAUUCUGGCAAAGCGGGUUCCCGAUGGGGUAGAAUGUACUGACGAGGUCCAGGACCGAACAUUCCUGCUGCUCGUCAGA